AUGGAAGGAUCCUCCUCAUCGACAGGUUUCCCUCCUGACCUCUUCAUCUCCUUCCAUACUCAGGAGCGUAACCUCUUCAAGCGCCUGGUCCUUGAGCUGAAGAUGCACCACAUUAUGGCUAUGGGAGUCAUUUCCUUCUGGAUGUGGCUCGAGAGCGUCGGCCAUCCUACUUUCAUCCAGCGAAUGGCAUCCAUAUCUAUUGAAACCAUCCUUGGCCUGGUAGUCGAAGCUGAGACCUGCCUCGCGGCGAUCCUCAUCGAUGCAUCUGAUCCUCUCUCCGUAGCAGCAAGGAGAGACGCACUCGCACUAGCCUCAGAAGGGUCUCGAUCAACCGUUGAUCUUCGGUAUCUCAACUUUUUCUGGGAAGUGGCGUCUACGGGAGUCACAUCCAUCUUAAACAGUGUUUGUCCUCGGAUCUUCGGGGACCUUUUUCCUAUCACAUCCUCCAACAGUAUCUCUCAUGGCCCUCGAGGCGUGAACGAUGGGCUGAUCGAUAAUGCCGUUGGGGAAGGUAAUACCACGGAGAGGGGUAUCAGUGGCAUUGGGAUGGUGGCUAGGGGUGGUAUUCUUGGGCCUUAUGAUGGGGAAUCCAGCAGGAGUCCAGAGAACCGGCCGAGAUCAUGUAGCACUGGGGUUCUGAUAAAGUCAAUGAGGGGAGGUGGACUCUUGGACCAAUCUUCACAUCUUGAAAUUCAACAUCACAGGGACGGUAAUGGUUCGGUUUGGGGACAUCGAGGGAUGUUUAACCUUGAAGGUAGGCGUCCUCCCAACAUGCAAGAUUCAGAACAACAGAACUACCUGCAGAUGUUGCUCGACGAAGGCAUUGGAAUGGUAUUUCAGCAAAAUGAGAGGGAUAUAGGAGUCGGAGGAGCCCAUGCGCCUCCAAGAAAUGUAACCAUCGUCGGUUGUGGGAGAAACCGAGCUUCAGUUUCAGCCAAUAAUUCGAGAAAUGCGGCAUCACCGUUACCUCCUCGUUCCAUGAUGCAUCAGGGAUCCAACUUAAGCCAAAAUGCGCGAGCAUGGAUUCCACCAGAGCGAUAUGUUCCAAGGGACGAACGGACGUUAUUCAUCACUUUCUCCAACGGGUACCCCUUGGGCGAGAGAGACCUGUUCCAUUUUUUUAAUGGGUAAUCACCAUCUCUCCUCUCGUAUUAUAUAUAAGAUAUGAUCCGUCUUCCUCAUUAUGAAGAAUACAAUGAAUAAUAUAACUCUUCUUUUCAUCUUAGUGAGCUAUAUGUUGAAUAUUCCAGGUCCUCUCCUAUUAAAAAGAUACUACAGACAUUCUACAAAAUUAUAACCCUCACCUUCAUCACAAUAUUUUACAACUUCCGGAAUAAGCUAUUUCAUAUCAUUACAUCACUGAUCACAGCUUGAUUCCUCAUGACUAUACAUGAUGCACUUCACCAUCGUCUAUUUGAAAGAAAAGAGAUAUUCAAGAUUCCAUCAUUUAAGAGGCCAAAAAUGUCUUUGGUAUAUAAUAUUGUGGUAGAUUUUAUAUGGUUGCCACAUAUUAACAUUUAAGUCAGACCCAAAGCUGGUGACUUGGUUUACAACUUAUGAGAAAGAGAAGAUUUUGUCAUCUCUGAAAAAAUUAAAAUGUGUUCAAUAGAUACUGACUUGGUUGUUAAGAUAUUUGAUAUUCACUUCUAAGAGGAUCACAUAUAGCUACCUACUUGUAAUCAACAGGUGUUAGCAUCCUUUCUCUACUUUAAAAAUGUGUACAACAAUUGUAAACUAUUUUAUACUCGGUUUGUGCUUAAUGAGAAAGGUCAUGCUCUGUUGUCUGCAAAAAAAUAUAUCAUUUUUAAUGAACAAUUAAUUUUUAGUCAACGUAUUUGAUAUUCCUUUCUAAGGGAUCAUUCUCAAUCAAUAUGUUAACAUUGUUUUAUUUUUCUUGUAAAUGUAUACAAUCAUCAUAAGUUAUUUUAUGUGGUUUUUGGUUCAUGAGAAAGUUGAGUGUAAGCUAUGUAAAAACUUUUGAAAUUUUCUAAUGCAUUAGAUAGAAGUGACUUGGUAGUCAAAACUUUUGAUUUGUCCUUCUUGGGAUCAUUUUUCAUUAUCCUAUUCAUAGUCCGUGCAUUAGGAUUCCUUUUCUAUCUUCGAAUUUUAUAGAAACAUCAUUAAUCAUUUUACAUUUGGUUUAUGGUUAAUGAGAAAGGUAAGCUUUUUUUAGCUUUAUAUUUUUUUAAUAUGUUAAAAAAAUAGUGACUUCAUUGUUGACAUAUUUUAUUUGUAUUUUUAAGGGGAUCAUGUGUCAUUAUCGAAGUCUUAAUAAAUAAUGUAAGCUUUAGUUUUUAGUUUUAUAUCUUGUGCAUUUGUUGUGGAUUAUAUACUAUUUCAUUUAUGACUAAUGAAAAGUGAGGUUCUGCCAUAUUUGAAGAUUACCUAAUAGGUUUGAUAUAUAAUAUCCUUUUUUGAAAUCCUUGAUUUAUCUUUUGAAGGGGAUAUCUUGUUGUUGGGAUGCUCUUCAUAAGCCUUAUUAUCGUUACUACUAGUUUGUCUAUUUUCAGAUCUUAUAACCAUCAUACAUUAUAUCACAAUCUUUCAAUUGUGUAUAAUAUUUUAAAUAAGGAGUCAAACAAGAUGAAAAGAAAAUCUGUUUUGUCUUGAUCAACAAGUGUGGUAUGAUAUGACACAGAAAAAAUGUGACAAUUUUACUAUGCAGAUGGUUAUUAAGUUUCAUGUCACUUUGGUUCAAUCUAAAAGGGGUAAUUUGCAUUAUUAUCUCACAAAUGCAAUAGUUACAAUGAAAAUAUAAAUUAAUGGAGUAAACAUAUACAUUACAUGUUUUUCAUUAAAUUAUGACGUCUACUUCAUCUUUCUUCUGAAACAUUUUUAAUGAUACUAUAGUGAUUGUCAUUGCGUUUUGAGUACCUGUUGGAUUAAUUAAUAUUUAUGAUAUUGCAAUAUCUGUUAGCCCAUUCUCCUAAGUCACUGGAUUUGCUGUUAUGAUAUGCUCUAUUAAAUAAGUUAAAGAUCUUUGAGAUAAUAGGGAAGCUAGGAAGUGGAAUUGAAAUGUUUACAUUUUUUAGAACACAUGUGGAAUUGUUUAAGAAUGGUGUUCAUCAUGAUGAAGGUGACAAAAGAAUAUUGGCAUGAUUAAACUGCAACGAAACUAUUAAAUAUGGAAUACAAGUCUAGUCCUCUACUUAGUUGUUAUAUAAUUAUCGUGGGUCAUUGUGUUAACCAUUGUUAGUGUAAAAGUGGGAUAAGUUAAAACAUAUUACUUCAAGAUGUAUGCCAUGUACUAUGUAAAAGUAUUAUUAAGCAAUAACCAUAGCCUGGUAUAAAACUCUCAAACAAGAAAAAAAUAUCCAUAUGCUAAAUGGUGUAUUAUUUAGUAUUUUUUGAAGAAAUCAUCAUUAAACAUAAUAGGAAUAUACAUAUGCAUGAAAUCAAUCAUUAAUCGUGCAUAAGAUUUUAAAGGUUUUAUUUUUUCUCUCUCUUUUGAUACCUCUAUUUCUUAUGGUCACAUUUGUACUGAAAAUUUUCUUAAUUAAAUGUGCAAACUUAAUAUCUGUGGAUGAACUAUGUGUUGGGCCUUUUACCAUUUUACUCCUAACUCGUGACCAAAAUGGAGAAAAGAAUUUUAUGUUUGCUCAUGUCUUGCAUCGAAUCUCUAAAUAGUGAAAUUCGGUUUUGUUGGAGCACAUAAUAAAAAUACUUUUUUUGACAAUAAAUUGCAUGAAUGCUUCAUGAUAUAUACGUAAUUGAAAUUUAACCCUCACUUGGUUCCUUUUGAGGAUGAUAAAAAAUGAAGGAUAAGAGCUUUCAUCUUUAAAUAAACUAGAAAUUAUGUACUAGGGCAAAUUAUUUAAACAGAUUAUUUUAAGCGAGUGUUCUUUCUAUCAUCAAGAUAUUUGUCAAGUAAACUUGCUUUGAAGUUAUAAGUGGACCACCAAAAGUGAUUUAAUCGUAAUAUUACUUUAUUAAUGCCUUCGUUUACCAUAAACCAUUUCACUGCAGCUCCUUGACAACUAUAUUGAACUACCUCACAUUCUGUAUUUUUCCAAUCAUCAAAAGAUGUAUCUUAUUUAAAAUGUGUUUCUAACUUCGCUCUUAGUAUGCUUAUUUGAAUAUAGAUUGUGCUAUAUUUCUUCUAUUACGUACAUGGAAGCCAAAUUUUAUCACUUUGGGUAUGCAUAAUAGUUUUGGUGGAUAUGUGAUAUUAGAUCCUUUGAUAAUUAAGAUCUUUUAUGUCAAAAAAGGAAUAUACCUGCCUAGGCCUUAUCAAUCGAAAACUGUAUAUAUUUAUUUCCUCUAUUUGGUAGUUUUUAGGGAACUUAUUGUUUAAGAUGAGAUCGUUCGAAAUUAUUUUUAAAAUUAUAUUUAUUUACAUUGUAUUCAUGUGAUCAGGAAACUAGGGCCUUUGGAACAAACAAUAAGAUUUAUGAGCGCUAAAGUGGACGAUACAUUACAUGACUUGUUUCCGUUUUUUCUGAUGUCAGUAUUGGAGGCUGAAAUUCUUGGCAUGACAUUCCAAGAUAUGAUUUUACCUUGAAGAAUGAAGACAAUUGUUCGUCGAGAUUCUUAGAAUGAAAAGUUUUCUUUCGAACGCAGGACCUACGGUGGGGUAGAACUGAUAUACAUUCAACAAGUGGAAGGCGAGGAGUAUCCCUUGUUUGCUCGGGUGGUCUUCGUCGCACAGGCGCUUUGCUUCAUAGUCAUGAAUGGGAAGGAAAAGAUGAAAUUCAUGAUACGGGGGAGACACGUCUGGGUGAGGCGUUAUGUUCCCAAGAGAAAGCGCAAAGGCCAAGGACGCAAGCGGUUCAUCGAGAUAAAAUGA